AUGGCAGGAGCAAAACCAGGAGUUCAUGUGGUACAAAUAAAACCUAUUGUGGUUCCAGAUUCUCUACAAAAUGGAAAUAAGUUUAUUAAAUGGGAUGAUGGAAGUGCAAAUGGAAUGCCAGUUUCAUUACGAGUUGACUCUAAAGGUCACAUCAUAUUCUGGAAAGAUCAGAAUAAGGAAAUGGAGUAUUUGGAUAUCUCCUUGAUACGAGAUACAAGAACUGGACGCUACUCACGAAUACCAAAGGAUGCCAAGUUACGUGAUACGUUAACGAUUGGACCAGGAGAUAUCAGUUUAGAAGAUAAAACAGUAUCUGUAUGUUUUGGUACUGAUAUGGUCAAUACUGAUUGGAUCAAUUUUGUUUCUGAUAGUAAAGAUACAGCUCAAGAAUGGGCUAAAGAAUUACUAGAAUAUUCCACAAACUUAUUAGUUUUAAACAGUUCAGCUUUAACUUAUUUAGAAAAAGUCUACACAAGAUUUAUUAAAGUUCUUGGACCAGAUGGUAAAAUGCCUGUCAAAAAUAUUGUAAAGAUGGUUGCACAGAAUCGAGAUGAUAAAAGACGUGUGGAGAAUGCCUUGGGGGCAGCAGGCUUUGCUUCUGGAAAGAAUGAUUCCUUAGAUCCAAAAGAUUUUACUUUUGAACAUUUCUUUAACUUUUAUCGUCAUUUAGUUGGAAGGACUGAAGUAGAUAAAGUUUUUGAUGAAAUUGGAGCAAAAAAGAAGCCUUAUUUAACAGUUGAUCAGUUUCAGACUUUUUUAAACAACCAACAAAGAGAUCCAAGAUUAAAUGAAAUACUCUAUCCAUUUUACUCAAAAGUUCAGGCUCAAGAAUUAAUUGAAAUGUUUGAAAACAAACAUGGCAUGGCAGAAAAAGGUCAUUUAUCUCAAGAAGGAUUUUUAAAGUUUUUAAUGAGUGAAGAUAAUAAUUUGAUUCCACCAGAAAAACUUGAUCUCAGUGAAGAUAUGAAUCAACCUUUAGCACAUUAUUUUAUCAAUUCCUCGCAUAAUACAUACCUCACAGGUCAUCAGCUAACUGGUAAAUCAUCAAUUGAAAUAUAUCGUCAGUCAUUAUUAUGUGGUUGUCGGUGUGUAGAGUUAGAUUGUUGGGAUGGACGAGGUGCAGAUGAAGAACCAAUUAUUACUCAUGGUUUUACUAUGUGUACAGAUAUUCUAUUUAAAGAUGUUAUUGAGGCCAUAGCAGAAAGUGCCUUUAAAACAUCAGAAUAUCCAGUUAUAUUGUCGUUUGAAAAUCAUUGCACACCCAAACAGCAAGCAAAGAUGGCAAACUAUUGUCGCUCAAUAUUUGGUGAUAUGUUGUUGAUUUCCACUAUUGAAGAUUAUCCUCUAGAACCAGAUGUAACAUUACCACCAUUAUCUUGUUUAAAAAGAAAAAUACUCAUCAAAAAUAGAAAGAAACAUUUCCAUAGGGGUAGUGAUGAUGAUGAUGAUGCUGUAGCUGGUGAUGUUUUAUCAGAAGAAGAAAAAACCAGACGUCAACGUGAAAAGAGAGAAAAGGGUACAGCAGGUUCAGAAGCAGAAGCUGCAAUGGAAAUGUCUUUGUUAGUGAAUUAUAUACAACCUGUACAUUUUCAUUCCUUUGAAGCUUCAGAAAAAAAAGGCAGAUGUUAUGAAAUCUCAUCAUUUGUUGAAACUCAAGCAACUAAUUUAUUAAAGGAAUAUCCAGUAGAUUUUGUCAAUUAUAAUAAACGACAACUGAGUCGUAUUUAUCCAAAAGGUACACGAGUUGAUUCCAGUAAUUUUUUACCUCAGGUAUUUUGGAAUGCUGGAUGUCAGUUAGUCGCUUUGAAUUUCCAAACAUUAGAUCUGGCUAUGCAGCUUAAUUUAGGUAUAUUCGAAUAUAAUGGUAGGUGUGGCUAUAUAUUGAAACCUGAUUUUAUGAGAAGAAAAGAUCGUCACUUUGAUCCAUUUGCAGAAUCAACAGUAGAUGGUAUUGUUGCAGGAACUGUUAAAGUUAGAGUAAUUUCCGGCCAGUUUUUGUCUGAUAAAAAAGUAGGAACAUAUGUUGAACUUGAUAUGUAUGGUUUACCCACUGACACUGUGAGGAAAAAAUUCCGUACAAAAGUUGUUCCAGCUAACGGUAUUAAUCCUGUUUAUGAUGAGGAUCCUUUUGUGUUCAAAAAAGUUGUAUUGCCAAAUUUAGCAACAUUACGUAUAGCAGUAUAUGAAGAAACAGGACGUUUGAUUGGUCAUCGUAUAUUGCCCGUUGAAGGCUUACGGCCAGGAUAUAGACAUAUUCCACUACGUAAUGAAAGUAAUCAACCAUUACUACUACAAACAUUAUUUGUUCAUCUAAGCAUCAUGGAUUACGUUCCUGAUUCCAUGGCAGAGUUUGCCGAAGCUUUGAUCAAUCCAAUAGCAUAUCAGUCAAAAAUGGAAAAGCAUGCUCAACAGUUGGCUACUUUAACAGAAGAUUUUGAAGUGGAUGUAGGUUUUUUCUCUGUAGUCAGUGAAUUAGAAGAAAAAGUUGGUGGAAAUGAACGACAGAACUCAGUCAGAGUACAAAAUGGACCACAAUCCUCUGCCUCACCAGUACCAGGUGAUAUUCCAAAACCAAUCCGAAUGCCCUCGGCACAACAUUUACCAUUAAAUAAACAAGAGAAUCCUGAUAUCUUAACCCCUACAACAUUGACAUCUUUAAAAACCAUGAAACCUUAUCUAAAAAUAUUAGCUAAAAGAGAUAAGGAGUUAGAGUCUAUGAAACGAAAACAUGACAAGAAAAAUCAUAGUAAAUCUUUGAAGAAAGCUACAAAGGGAGGUGAAAAAGUGGAUGAUAUUCAGACUAAAUGUAAAGAAGAGAUGGAAACUUUAGUUCAAGAACAAGCAACAAAGUAUAAGGAAUUGAAGUGUACCCAGGCUCAGGUAUUUGUGGCAUUAUGCAAGGAUCAUUACCAAGCUGAACAAUCAGUUUAUCAGAAUUACAAUACACCAAUAUAUGAUUGUUUAAUAACACUGAUGGAAGCUAGUCAUGCAUCACAUAAAAAACGUAUAGAAGAUUUAUAUGACAGAGAAGUUGCAGAGUUAACUAAAAGAAUGCAUGCUCAGAGUCGAGAUCAUAUGAAAUUGUUAGCCAAAAAACACAAAGACAAACAGGAAUUAUCUCGGUAA